ACGACCCGCCAUGUAUGUCCGAAACUGACCGAAAUAGGCAGCGAACAGAUUGUGGUAGUAACAGCAAUAUUUUGCCUCCUGAAAAUGUACGAUCGAGCCCCAAGGUCACUUACGAAACCAACAGACAGUACAGGUCAGAAUGUUGGGCCAGGAUCGUAUGAAGCCGCGGAACAUGGACGCACAAAACACGAUGGAUACGCACCAUUCUUAUCCAUGACGGCACGUGAAACAUUUCUUGAUGUUGGUGACAAUGUCGUGGCUGCACCAGGACCUGGCCAGUAUGAUCCUGGUAUAAUGGGAGAGAGAGUGAGGGGAGGACACACGCUGGCCAACAGAGCUUCUAGAUUCAGUGAUAAACAAUCUCAUACUCCUGGGCCAGGAGCUUAUAACUUACAAAAAAGAAGUGAUUGGUUGAGAGAGAAUCAGCCUCAAAAGGCACUACCUCCUGAUAUACAAGUUCAAGAAGGAAUGAAAGAUGGAUCUCUAUACAAGACAAGUCGCAUAACAUUUCAGAGGAAGGCUGACCCACCCUCCAUUCCAUCACCUGGCAAAGCAUAUGGAUAUGAAGAAGGAGCAGAUGGAACUCUACGGCCACAGGAUGUGCCGACUCGCGACAGCACCAUGGGACCUGCUUAUUAUAGUGUUAAUCACAGGGAAACUGCCACUGUUCAAAGAUACAAGGGAGUUCAUUUUGGGAACAGAACAUCAAAGAGAAUGCAAUUUAAAGGAACUGGAGGACCAGGCCCUGGACAGUAUGAUCCAUUUAGGGACCCUGGAAUUAGAGCACCGAUUGAUUUGGUGAUAGAGGAAAGCAGAAAGCAACCUUUUGAAUCAAAGUUACCCCGAUAUCAUGAAUCUAUAGUGGUUGUGGAAGAAAAGAAGGCUGUUCCAGGUCCAGGGAAAUAUGAAAUUAGAAGCCAGUUCUCAGCUAAACCACCACCUGUCAAUCAGGAUGAACCAAUCAUUCAUCCUCCAUUUGGCACUCAGUCCAGGCGCUUUGGAGACAGUAAAAAGGACACACCUGCUCCUGGCACAUACAAUGAUCCACGCAAUUCCCUAGAAAUACUUAAAAGGACUACGGGACUGAAGCGAAGUCCUUUUGGUCAAACAUCCGUGCGAUUUCAUGGGGAACAUCAUGUGAAAAGGACCCCUGGACCAGGGUCAUACAGCAUUCCAGACAUGACAUCAGAGUUAAUAAGAAAGGCCCAUGUUGAGAGUUCCAGGAAAGGUGCAUUUGGCUCAACAGCCGCACGAAUAGCACCGAUGAUGAGAAGGAAGGAGGAACAGAUGCCAGGUCCUGCCCAUUACCUAACCAAAGACAAAGCUAAAAGUAAAGAUGAUCCACCCUCAUCCACCUUCGUAUCUUCCACUGGUAGACUUCACACCCCUCCAGGGGUGGUGUUAGAUAACCCACCACCAGGGUCCUAUGAAGUCGGGAUUUCCUAUGACUCAACACAAGGUCGUGUUCUAUACAGUAACGCCCAGAGAACGAACAAGAACACUAAGAAAAAGGGAGCGUUUUUAUCCUCGUCUGAUCGAUUCCAUGGACAGCGUCAAGUCAUGUCGGAAGAAGGAGAUCCUGGGCCGGGCCAAUACGAAUUAAAAGACGGCUCGGCCCGAGGAGGUCUAAUGACGACCAGGGAACAAAGAUUUAAAUCAUCAAGAAAUGAAAAUCCAGGCCCAGGGAGCUAUGAGCUGAGUCCAUUACAGAUGCAUUCUAUGCUCAGGGGAACAUUCAAUGCCACCUUAAACAAUCCUGUAGCGAUGUCCUACGACGAUGGCUUAGAACGGAGAUCACCUUCCAAGCAAGCUUUCUUACUGGGUGUCUGAGGAGGAAUUUUUCUCUUUUUUUUCUGUUCCAGUGAGUUUGAUGUUGCUUGGGAAUCAUCUUGUAUUCACAGAAAAUAAGAUAUUUUUCAGAGACCAUCGGUAAGGGAAGUGCUCAUGUGAAGUCGUGAAGGUUUGAAGCUGGGCGCCUAUACUUUGUUGUAAAUAUCAUUUAAGAGAAUUAGUGGCGUUAGUGAGUAGGAAUAAAAAUUCAUAUAUUGUUCUUCUGAAUACAAAAGGCUCUUACUUAAUGAGAAGAAAUUUAAAAAAUACUCUUUAAGUGUGAAGUAGCAAAUUUUAUCGCUUCUCCCUGAACUUCACGCUCUUUUCUUAUCUGCUUCCACUCCAAUAUCAGAGAAUGCUCCUACAUCUGUUUUAUUUAUGUUUGGCGAUAUUUUCCUCUCGGUCGAAGAGAAACCCCGGCUCGAAAUUUGCUGCUCGACUCCAAAGUCGAUCUCAGUGUUCAGUCGAGCGAGUACCACGUGGUCUCUAUAUUGACUUGUUUGUCAGAAAUGGAAGAUAACCUACGUCAUCGAUUUUCUCUUUGUAAAGGAUAUCAUGCAGAAAUAUUCGAUAAGUGAUGGGCUCCUGUCGAUAAUCAAUGUAGUUUCCCGCGAGAAAACAGUAGGUCAACAUUGAACAUAUUUUGAGGCGAACCCCUUGCGAUAACGAUUUUUGCAGCUUUGUAACACGUGCUACAGUGAAAACAAGCGUAACUGCAAGCCGAGGACAGUUAUUUAUCUAUUCAUACUUCACGACAUCUGGAACCUAAAGUGACUACUACCCCUCCCCCCACCUCGGCAUAGACGCAUGACCGCCGCGUGACGAUCACAUGCUUCAUUAUUGACUGCUCGGUGACGGUUAUAAUACAACGCUCAUCGCUUCGUGAUAGCUCUUUUCGAGUAAGCAGUCUAACGCGUUGUGUUCUCUUCGCCUCGAUUGCAUUAGUCUGCGAUCGAUUGAAAGCCUGAAGCCAAAUUGGGACAGACGAACCUCCACGAUUUGUCUAAAAUCCGCAAUCAUAUUUGAACUUCGCAAUGGGCCUUGCUUACCUUAGAGUCUCUAUGGCUCACUGGUAAAGCAUCGGAGCGCGGAAUCCGAAAGGUCCGAUUCCUCAUGGGGACUCAGAAUUUUUUCUUUGUCCCACGCUCGUGACUAGAUGAAAACACAUCUUUCUCUAUCCACGAUCUAGUUGUCAGAAACCUGCGUUCCUUUUGUCCCAAAUAUUACCGGAGAGACAGUGAGUAACGAAGCAGCUCUUUCGAUUAAACCAGGUGGCAAUAUUCCGCUUCCAAUAUAAAAUCAUUUUGAAACCUUAGUUCUAUAUAGAAGCAUAGAAAUAGAUGUUAAUCGAAUCGAUUUCUCCGCACCAGUAGUGUAUUUACUUCAAACAUUCAACUCUGAGAAGCUUUUGACGUUGACAUUUUAAUAGUGUCAAGACAUUCUCUCCCAUCCAAAUCAUGCGACAAGAUCACAUGUGGAUUAGAGUUCAAACUCCAAGUAGCUGGUUGCUGGAAACUGGACACGAAUUUCCGGAGAAACAUCAAGCUGCGAGGGAAAGGAUUCGUGUUUUGUUACAUGUCACGCAAGCUCCGUCGUAAUUAUUAACGAAAGACUUUAAAUUCCGCGUCAGAGGGGUUCUACACAAAUUCAACUGAAAAUGACAUAUGAAGAAUGGUCUCCGUGGCUUUCAUCCACCUCGUAAAGGUUCUGGCCAUUACUUAAGGGAACACAAAUCUCAUGGAGACAAUUCCCUGGAGUGACGUGAUAAUUGUGGAAAUUUGACAACCCAGAGAAAGAACGUUGAUUAUUUUGCUAUUGUUUAAUUCAAUAGCGUCUAUUAUUCCUCCAUUGAUUUCUACAUGUGUGGGCUUUCACGCAACUUUAUCCACUGAAAAUACGAAAAUCCUACCGACCUUAGCCGUGAUCGCAUUUACUAAGGAGCAUUUAUCCAACGUUUCCACCGUUUGCGUGUAAUAUUCCUCAUGAUAUCAUGACACGAAAGGCAGUCUCCUUUCAUGAAUAAAACAAAAGCGUUUAAAUCAACUGAUGCAAACCGCCCGAGCAAUUGUUCCCUCAAGACAAUGAAAUGGAUGGAAGUCAUGCAAGGUCAACCUGGAAUUCUUAAAAAAAAAAAAAAAAAAA